AUGCGCCACACUCCGUACGUCCUGUUGCUGCUGCUGCUCUGCUGCUGCACCGGUUCUUUUGCCGCCGCUGAGCAUCGCUGCAUAUUUGACCGCAUUUCUCGCAAGGCUGGCCCCCCGAUGAGGGCAGUUGUGCGUGAAUUGCCGGACCGGGAGCGUGACGGGACGCAGGUGUCGACUGCCUUUGUGUCUGACUGGGCGCCCCUCCGUUUUAAGGUCUUCUCGGAGGACAUGAACAAUGCUUUAAAGUACUGCACUGCUGCGGGAGAGUUCCGCUCGGACAUGAAAGUAGGACUCCUUUUGUGCCGCCAGCAGGAUGUUCUUACGGCCGAAAAAAAGUUCAUCAUCUUGAAUUGGAUGCUCCCCAACGCCAUCAAGCUGCACAUGGAUCGUCUCCACGUUCAACCGGAGAAGCGCCCAGUGGUUGUUCCGUUGUUUCCGGCUGGAGACGCAUGCCGCAAUUUUGAAAUACCCAGCUCCCACCACACGACGGGCGUUUUUGGCGCGGACAUGGUUUUGUACGCCGCUGCUGCACCGACUGAAGGUACUACUAAUGCGUGGACAA